UUAACGGUCGUUUACUCGUUUUUAAAAUUCUACUAGAAAAAACUAAAAAGCGUUCAAAUAGACUUAACAAUUAAAUUCAGUAUAGUAAAACAUUAAUUGAAUUUCUCAGUAUGACCACGCUUACAAACAAAUCAGCCAUAACAGUAAAAGGAUCAGCUGAAAUCGUUUGUGACUAUUUAAAUUAUGGGAUAAACUCCAUUUUAUUCCAAAGAGGCCUAUACCCUCCAGAAAACUUCCAAGCCACUGAGAACUAUGGCCUUAACAUCCUCAUGUCCACAGAUAGUAAAAUAAAAGAAUUUUUGUCAACCACUUUGGGACAGUUAAAAGAAUGGUUACUCAAAAGAACAGUUAACAAAGUCGCUUUAGUAAUUACCAAUGUAAAAACCCUUGAAGUAAUGGAGAGGUGGGAUUUUAAAAUUGAGUAUGAGGGCGAGGAGGGUCAGGGAGACACCCAAACAUCAGAUAAACCCUUGAAACAAAUUAAAAGUGAAAUUAGGGAUGUACUAAAACAAAUUGCUUCAUCAGUAGCUUAUUUGCCAUUACUAGAUUGUUUGUGCAGCUUUGAUAUUCAGAUUUAUACCAAAAAUGAUGUGGAGUUACCAAAGGAAUGGGCCGAGGCAGAACCAGCCAAUAUUAGAAAUGCCCAAUCAGUCAAAAUGAGGAGCUUUUCCACAAACAUUCAUAAAAUGGAGACUGUUGUUACAUAUAGGAAUGAAGAUGACUGAUUUUUUAUUUUUAAGUCUGUGAAGAUAAGUAUGAGGAACUUUUUUUAAAAAAAUAAUUAAUUGAGUUUAAAUUUUUAAGGAAAAAAAAUGAUUAUUCUGUUAUUGUUAAGAUGAAAAAAAAUUAAAUAGGCUUAUUGAUGUUUCCUAGUGUG